CCUCUUAUUUAAAGGAGUCCGCAUGCAACGGCCAGAAAGCAACCCCAACGCCACAGAGAAAAGGAAGAGAAGAGUCAGUCUCCAUUGAUAUCGUUAUGAAUUUCUGAGUCCUAGAAUCCCGCUAAUUCCAUACUCUUUCCUCUAUUUCUUUCUGCCUUUGUGUCACUGUCACUGCUCUAAACUCAGUCCGUUUUGGUGACCAUGAAUCCAUCUACGUCGAAGAGCAAAAAGAAGCAAACGCAACAGCAGGAAACGAGUGGGAGGUUUCUUGGUGUUCGAAGGAGGCCGUGGGGGAGAUACGCGGCGGAGAUACGAGACCCUUCUACCAAAGAGAGGCAUUGGCUGGGCACCUUCGACACUGCGGAGGAAGCUGCCUUGGCCUACGACAGAGCCGCACGCUCAAUGCGUGGCUCUCGCGCUCGCACCAACUUCGUCUACUCCGACAUGCCACCGGGCUCCUCCGUCACCUCCAUCAUCUCCCCUGACGAGUCCCUCCCUGACUUCUCCUCCCACUUCGUCCCUCCCACCACUCAACCCAACCCCAAUCCCAACCUCUUCUUCAAUCCCACUGAAUGCCAUCAAUUCGCAUUCCAGGGACAGUUCCCCACGGAAACCAACUCCUGGGAUUAUUCCAAUCUUUACCAGGAACAGCCUCUCGUCGACAACAUGAACGGCACCACCACCACCACCAACAACCAAUUCUACAAUGCAAACGACCUCCCACCAUUCCCUUCCCAGGUUUCUGAUCAGCUCCCGAGUUCAGGUUUCGAAAUGGAGCAGGCGACAUGGGGCGACUCAACCAGCCUCGCGGGGAUUUCGGAGCAGAGGACAUCCCCAAAUGAGUUUGACUCAGCGGGGGGCGGGUCUUACUUGGGAUUCGAUUCCACCCAGUACGUGCACAGCCCACUUUUCGGUCGGAUGCCUCCCGUUUCCGACACCCCUCCGGAUGGUUUUGAUCUGGGUUCUUCCUCGUAUUUCUUCUAAACUUGGGUGUUUUGAGGUGUGCGUGUCCUUUUGAGUUUCAGGUUUCGGAUUUCCCCCCCUUUUUUCGGUGGUUUGCUGUGGCUAAAUGCCUUCAUGGAUAUGUCUAUAGCAUCAGAUCGGAUGAGUUGUGUGCUUUCCCCUACUGAGUCAUAACUAUCAAUAUAUAAAUAUAUAUAUAUAUAUACAUCACCACUUCUACUUGUUUUCAGCCUUGGGAACGAGCCUUUUGUUAAAAGGCCGAAAUUAGUUGACACCUCCACACAUUUUAAAGGCGUCACGUGCAUGCAAGUAGCAUGCAAUCCAACGGUGUGCGUAAUGACAAAUUACAUUUCACGUAUCAAAGAA